GAUCAACGUUAGAGUCAAUAACAGGGCGAACAUAUUGUACUACUCUCCGGUAAAUUUCGCAGAUAAAUCAACUUUUUGCAUGAUAAAGUACUUUUCUUUUCUUAUAAAAUGACAUAUAUUUGGUUUUCAGGACCUGUGGUGGAAGCUGUUAAACAAGUAAACGAGAGAAACCUUGUGUUCCUUGUCUAUAUAUAUGAUGAUUCGGAGCAUAGUAAACAUCUUGACGCGACAUUUCAAAAUGCCGAGCUUCUCGAUCUGCUAAAGAGAAAGGCAAUAGCAUUAAAGUUGAAAAAAGACUCAGAAGAUGCUAAAAUGUUUGGUCAAUUGUACCCAAUAUAUCGAGUCCCAAUUGUGUAUUUUAUAGCACAAGGCACCAUCAAAGAUUUUGGUACUCAAGACAUGAGAAGUCAAGACAUUAUCAACAAAUUGCAGGCAGCUAGUCCUAAAUCAGAUGCAAAGACAAAACUAGAAGAAAUCAAAAAGAAGCGUGCUGAACAAGAGAAUUUGCAAGCACGAGAAAGAGAAAUAAAAAGAAGAGAAGAUGGCAAAUUAGCCCAAGAAACUCGAGAGAGCUUACAAGAAAAGCAAAAUAAAAUAAUGCUUGAAAAAAAGAAGAAGGAAAAGAAAGAAGAAGAAGAAUACAGAAAAAGAGUCAAGGAACAGAUUGCAAAAGACAGAGAAAACCAACAAGCUGCCAGAAAGACAGAGAAGGAGCGACUACAAAACAAAGCAAAAGAAGAAACGCCCAUUCAAAAAACUGUUUCUUCAUCUGGUUUGCAUCACUUUGCUAACUUGAAUAUAAAGCAAUUGGAUGGCUCAAGUUUGAAACAUCGAUUCUCUUCUUCUAAUACACUUGCCCAUGUCUGCCAGUGGAUUGAAGCAACAAGAACAGACGGCGAUAUGCCUUUCAAACUCUUUGUUCAAUUCCCAAAUAGAAACUUUGAUAUCGGGGAUGAACAGCGUACAUUAUUGGAACUAAAGUUAUGUCCCAGUAGUACACUUAUCAUGAAGCCUAUCAAAAAUGCGUCUACAGCCUACGCAGGUUCUCCCUCUUCUAAUUCUGGUUGGAUGAGCUAUUUGUAUCAGACAAGCGAUGCAAUUUAUAAUUCGGUAGCUCAAGUUGGCACUUCAAUAGCUUCUUAUCUGAGUACACCUGAGGCUGAACAAAGAUUAGGCAACAGAAGCUCAUCUCAACAUGAUACUUCAAGUCAUUAAAGACAAAAACAAUGAUCUUGUCCGAUUACAUAAUAAAAUCACUUACACUGUCU